UUGUGAUUGAUUAUUAUGCUUUGGCAAUAUGCAUUUCAGAAUAUGUCAAGCCAGUAAAGUAUUCUGAAUUUGAAAGUUUGAAUUUUAGAAUGUGGCCUGCCUUCAGGCCCAAGCCUUUAGACUCUGAAAACUCAGCUUUAGUGCCUGGGAAGAGAGAUGGAAACAUCCACGCUUCAUUUUAUUCCCUGUGUUCUCAUUGGCUGGCUGGGGCCAGGCAUGCUCGCUCAUUGGCUUUUGUCUGAGCAGGUGGGCGGGGCAGCUGAGCGCAGGCCCUCCCUUUGGCCGAGGAGAGGCCAGGGGGCGGAGCUGGGCAAGGACAGCCUGCCCACCCCCUCUGAGCUGAUUCGCCGACGGAGGGUAAGAGGCGGGGCCCAGAAGGGUGAUGUCAUGCAGCAGGGCGUGGCCACGGUCCUGCAGCACAUCAGUGAACUGAAGAGGAGGCAGGGCUCCAUCGAUCAGCUGAAGACAGAGAGGUCUUGGGGUUUCAUGGCGGAUGGUGGGCCGGAGGAGAUGGGUGUGGCCAGACCGGGUGACACACUGCUGCAGGAGCAGAGACCACCUGAGCUUAGCCCCGCCCAGGGGUGGGGACCCAGCACAGGCCACGCCCCCUUCUCUACAAAUCUGCCACUGUACAACCAGCAGAGGACGUUUGGAGGAGGAAGUGAUGCGGCACAGACUCUCGCUCCGGGGGAGAACCCCAUGAUGUCGUUCGUCAUGGCGACCGCUAACAGGCAGUCCCGCGGCGGCAGGUGCAGCCCGCGCCUUUCCCACAGGAGGUUCUGGGGGUUUGGCUUCGGUUUGGAGGAAUAGGGUUCGGCCCAACGCUAGCUUUCGCCCCCCCACCCCCACCCCCGUUCUGGGGGGAAUCACCCAAUCACCCCUCUCCCUGUUCCCAUCGCCCAAUCACCCCUCUCCCUGUUCCCAUCGCCCAAUCACCCCUCUCCCUGUUCCCAGUACCUGAAACGGUGAAGUUUCCCUGGACAUAUCUCCCCAUUUCAGCAUGAAUUUUUGUGAAUGGCAGAAAUGUGUGUUUUUUUUUACAUUAAGAAGAACGUUAUUUAUUAUCCUUAGCUGAUGUUGGCUAUUUCAGGUGAACUGUGCUUGUGAGCUCUUCAACAUGUUUCUGAUGUACGCAUGCUUGUGUUUGUGUGUCUGCUGUCCUGUACCUGAUCAUUCUGUCAGAAGGCAUUUGUAGCAUCAUUUAUGACCUGUUGUUAUCUGUGCAUCGACUUGUUCAUAGUCUGUUCUGUAGGAUCAUUUGCAGUGAAUUUCCUAGGGUAGUUUAUACUGUGUUUUGAGUAAAUCCUUUGUCCUUCUGUUAUGUAUUCAUUGUCUAAGAGCUUUCUGAGGGAUGACAUGUUCCUGCUUGGGUUCCGUUUAUUCCAUAGCUGAAAUGCAUUAGAGUGUAAUGAGGGGAAAGGGACACUAGGGGGUGUAAAUGUUCAUCUGUUGCUGCAGAUUUGUGUUUUUUCCUCCUCUUUGGGUAAUCUGCUAAAAUUUUAAAAAAUAUGGAAUAAAUAAUAAUAAAGCUAUGUUAUGUUUCUACGCAAACCCA